AUGGAACUUUAUAUAUUAUUAAUUAUUUUGCUUUCAUUGACAGGUAGUUCUACGCAAGGAGUUGAUAAACACGGACUGUCGUACGCCUACACACCACAACUCUCGGAGGAUGCGAUACUGGUGGCAAACAACAGAAUACACGUGCCUUUUGGGCGAUCUGUUUAUAUCGAUCCGAUCAACGAUUUGGUUAUUGAAGUUCAGCCAGGAGAUCGGUGCAGUAUUACAGUACUGGAUAAUGAUCCGCUGUCUCAGAGACCCGGGCACCUGUCUCCUAAAAAAUUCCCGUGUGGAUUUGGUCAUAACGAUGUCAGAUACUCUCAUUUCGGUUCCAGAAGCCCUGCGGAAGACAGAGUGAAGCUACAACUCAGAUACGACACUCAGACUGAAACUAUAAUCAUUCCUUUUAUGAUGGAGGUGGAGGUGGUUUUCACACAAUUGGAGAUUGUUACAAAAAACUUGCCUAUUAUUGUUAAUAAUCUACGUGGGACUAGUAAUCCUGUUGACAAAAAGGUGCUUAAUUUUACUUAUGAUAGAGAAUCUGAGAAAUGUGAAGUCACAUCAUUGACUGCCAGUAGUGUGCUGCCAAAAUAUGGUAAAGUUAUUGAUGACAGCAAAUUGGAGAAAAUGAUGGACUGUGAUCAGUUUCUCAGAGCAAAUAUCCGUUAUGAACACACUUCUACUCACAAGUCUCCUAAUAAGGAUUAUGUCCCAAUGGUUGUGGAACUACGGAGCAAAGAAAACAAUUUACUGAAACAGGAGUAUUUUCAUGUGAUGAUCCGAAUUAAAGAGGGUGAGGAAAACACUCCUCCCAGACCAAGUUUUGUGGCCAUGAUGAUGAUGGAGAUUGAUCAGUUUGUCAUGACAGCUUUAACUCCUGAUAUGUUGGCUGCUGAAGAUACUGAAUCCAAUCCUGAUUAUCUAAUUUUCAACAUCACCUCUCCUCUAUCCUUUGAGGAGGGUUAUAUUGUGAGUACAGAUGACAGAAAUUUGCCUAUCACAUCUUUUUAUCAGAGAGAUCUAACAGAUCUGAAUAUAGCCUACAAACCUCCCUCGCUGGACUCUGACACAGAGAGGAUCUUUCAAAUAGAGUUUGAGGUCAUAGACACAGAUGGUGGUAUCUCGGAUCCUUUUGCAUUCAUGAUUGUUGUGAAGCCCAUGAACACUUUGGCGCCAGUAGUGACUAAGAAUACUGGUCAGCUCUUGUAUGAAGGCCAAUCUAGGGCUCUGUUCACUCAGAGCAAUUUGGAAAUUAGUGAUGAGGACAACCUGGACAAUGUGCGGAUAACAGUGCUUGAUGGCCUGCGUCAUGGUCACUUAAUUGUGCUGGGCACCAACAGGAAUUAUUUUACACCAGCUGACCUGGAAGUGGGCAUUGUGGUUUACCAACAUGAUGGCAGUGACACGUACAGCGAUAAUAUAAUUUUCAGAAUGUCAGAUGGCAAAAACGAAGUCGAGUUUUUGUUCCCCAUCACAAUUGUACCCACAGAUGACGAACCGCCCAUUAUAAAUGCAAAUACAGGGCUGAUUUUAUUCAAAAACCAGAUAGUGCCCAUUUCACAGCUUCUGCUCAGUGCAGUGGAUAUUGACUCUGAAGACUCCACAAUUAAAUUUACUAUCGAGCCUCCACUCUCUGCUAUUGGCGAGGUCCUGAUGAGACAAUCAGAAGCUCCAGAAGACCCAUCUUCUUGGAAAUUUAAUGCACAAGAUGGUUUGUAUGAGAAAGUAGUGACACAGUGGCUCCAGAAAGAUAUUACUGAUGAAAAGCUCUUCUAUAGACACACUGGUCCACACCUCACUGAAACAGUUACAGAUCAGUUUGUGUUUAAAGUACAAGAUGGUGCCGAUCCUCCCAACCAAUCUGGUGAGAAUGCAUUUAUUAUUAAAAUUCUUCCUAUUGAUGAUGUUCCACCUGUGCUGUUCCCUGGCACGACUUUGCAUAUGACAGUAUACGAGUACCAGUUGACUCAUUUCAGCAAGAAUGCUUUGCGUUACACUGAUUUGGAUUCUGAAGAUCGCGACCUGAAAUAUACAAUAACCCGGCCACCAACUGACACAGAUGAGAAUAAUCCAGUUAAAUUGGGGUCUGUUGUUUUAACUGAAAGCUCUGACGUUGAGGUAAAAGUAUUUACUCAAGCACAAAUUAACCAUCAUAAGAUUUCCUAUAGCCCUCCUGACCUUGAGCUAGGCAUCAUACCACAUGUGAUGCAGUUACAUUUUACAGUAGAAGACACUGCUGGAAACAGUGUUGAUGGAGUUUUUAAAAUUUUUCUUCAGCCUGUAAACAACAAACCCCCAGAGAUUACUAACACAGGAUUCACGGUUUUUGAGAGGGGGGUGCAUGUCAUCACAAGUGCCGAACUUGAUGCAAAUGACCUUGACACUGAUACUAAGCAAAUUUUAUUUACACUGAGCCAAGUUCCCCUGCAUGGCCACAUCCAAAAUACAUUUACUGACUUGAAAGAAGGAAGUAGCUUCAAUUUGAUGGAUAUAUCUGAUGGCAAAGUGUCAUAUGUCCACAAUGGGGAUGAGACAAUGAGUGACUCUUUUAAAUUGGGUGUUAGUGAUGGCGUCCAUGCCGUACCAAUCACUGUAAAAGUUGUAGUGAAACCUAUUGAUGACGAAACGCCAACGCUUAGCAUCACAAAGGGCACCGUUGGCUCUCACUUGGACGUGUUGGAAAAUGGUGCCACAGAAAUUACCACCAAUGUCAUACAGGGAAAAGAUGAGGACACUGAUGACUUGAUAUUGACGUUCAUUGUGGAGGAGACCCCUAAGUUUGGAGAAAUUCUAGUAAAUGGUGUUUCCACAAGCAGGUUCACCCAAGCUGAUAUUAUCAGUGGUCUGGUAGUGUAUGCUCAUACCAGUGGAGAAAUUGGUCUUGCUUCAAUAGAGGACGUUUUCAACCUAACUCUAUCAGACAUGUCUGAUGAGUGGAAUGUUGGGGGUAACAGAGUAAACGGAGUGCGCGUUCAUGUAAACAUUCUCCCCGUGAAUAGCCAGACUCCAGUGGUCACAGUUGGACCAACCUUUAAAGUCUUUGAAGGGGACAAGAACACAAUUGGUAGGCAUCAAAUAAUGGUUAAUGAUGCAGACACCCCAAUAGAGGACAUUCUGUGUACCAUUAUUGUUCAACCAACAUCAGGAUAUGUGGAGAAUAUCUCUCCAGCACCAGGCUCAGAGAAGUCAAGGUCGGGGUCAGCGGUGAGUGCUUUCACCAUCAGCGAUGUUAAUGAAGGUCACAUUCAUUACGUCCAAAGCAUACACAAAGGAGUUGAGCCGAUAGAGGACAGAAUCACGUUUAGAUGCUCUGAUGGCGUAAACUUCUCAGAGAGACAAUUCUUUCCCAUUGUCAUUAUUCCCACGAAUGAUGAAAAACCAGAGAUCUUUAUGCGAGAGUUUGUCGUAAUGGAGGGCAUGAAUGUUAUCAUCGACACACCUCUUCUAAACGGAAUUGACGUUGAUGUUCCUGCCGAAACGUUGACGUUUAUCAUCAACAAACCACCAGCUUAUGGCUUUAUCUUCAAUCAGCUCACAACAGGCUCUGUUCCAAUCACAAACUUCACUUUGGAACAAAUCAAGGAGGCCUCUAGCAUAAUUUAUGAACAUGAUGAUUCUGAAACUACAGAAGACAAGUUUGAUGUCCUUCUUACAGACGGAAAGCAUUCUGUUGAGGGUACUAUCACAAUAAUGAUCAUUCCAGUGGAUGAUGAAACGCCAAGGCUUGCCAUUAAUGAUGGACUUGAAAUCGAGAUUGGUGAGACCAAAGAGAUAAAUAGUAAAGUACUAAAGGCUACUGAUCUAGACUCAGAUGAUGAGUCCCUUACUUACAUUAUUCGCUAUGGCCCCAAUCAGGGCUUCCUUCAUAGAAAAACAUCAGGAAAUGUAGAGAAGAGAUCAGGUAGGUCUGUAGAGAACAUAACUAUUGGCAUGAACUUUACUCAAAGUGAGGUGAACAUGGAUCUCAUUUUGUACACUCAUAAUGGACAGGAAGGCAUUCGUGACCUUGUGAAAUUCGAUGUAACCGAUGGAAUCAAUCCGUUAAUUGACAGAUACUUCUAUAUUACUGUGGGCAGCAUUGAUAUGGUGUUUCCUGAGGUCAUUAGUAAGGGGGUGUCUCUAAAAGAAGGUGGCAAAGUGACACUCACUACAAACCUUCUCAGUACUAGUGAUCUAAAUAGCCCUGAUGAGAACUUAGUGUUCACCAUCACCAGAGCUCCAGUGAGGGGGCAUUUGGAAAGCACAGACACACCAGGCAUGCCGAUUGUGUCCUUUACCCAGCUACAGCUUGCUGGGAGCAAGAUAUACUACAUUCAUACCACAGGCGAUGAAGUCAAGAUGGACAGCUUUGAGUUUGAAGUCACUGAUGGCUACAACCCUGUGUUCCGUACAUUCCGGGUUUCAAUUGUUGAUAUUGAUAACAAAAAGCCAGUACUGACUGUUCAUGACCUUCUGGUGACCGAAGGAAAGACAAAACUUAUUACACCAUUUGAGUUGACCGUUGAAGACCAAGAUACAGCUGAGCACCUUUUGAAGUUCACAGUCACCCAACUGCCCAUUUACGGCAAACUGCUUUUCAACAAUAGCCGACCAGUUACUUCGUUCACAAAGCAGGACCUGAAUGAGAAUAUGAUCAGCUACAAACAUGAUGGCACAGAGUCAGAAGAAGACAGCUUUUCUUUUACAGUCACAGAUGGAACUCACAUAGACUUUUACGUCUUCCCUGAUACAAUAUUUGAGACACAAAGGCCUCAAACCAUGAAGAUCACCAUUUUAUCUGUGGACAAUGGUGUUCCUCAGAUUGUGGUUAACGAAGUUGCUCUGACUUUAAAGGUGUUGUCCACAGGUCACUUGGGUUAUCAGAUCACAAACAAAGUAUUAAAGGCAGUGGAUAGAGACAGCGGCCCUGAGGCUUUGGUUUUUCACAUCGCCACACAGCCAGAGCAUGGCUUCCUGAUCAACCUGGACAGAGGGAAUGACUCUAUCAACACUUUAACACAAGCUGACAUAGAUGAACUUAAGAUCUGCUAUAUCCUGAAAGACAGCAACAAUGCCACCAGUGACCUCUUUAGUUUCACCGUGGAAGACAGUGGAGGAAACAAACUGAAGGACCAGCAAUUUCAUCUGAACUGGGCUUGGAUAUCUCUGGAGAAGCCCAGCUACAUGGUCGAUGAGCUGGACAAAGUUUUUGAGGUGGUCCUCAGACGUAGAGGUUUCUUGGGAGAAACUUCCUUUGUAGGGAUUGGUACUCUGGAUGGCAGCGCAGAGAAGGAAAAGGAUUUCCUGGGAAAAUCUCAGAAGCAGGUGCAGUUUAACCCCGGCCAGGCUACAGCUACAUGGAGAGUGAGGAUCCUCUCAGAUGGGAAAUACGAGCAGUCUGAGACCUUCCAGAUCGUUCUGACUGAGCCGGUGAUGGGCAUUCUUGAGUCACCAGCAAUGGCCAUAGUAGAAAUUGUGGAUCCAGGAGAUGAGUCCACAGUGUUCUUUCCUCAGGACAGCUUUGCUGUUGAGGAGGAUAUUGGAGAACUCCUGAUCCCAGUGCACAGGAGGGGAGAUGUUAGUGAGGAACUGAUGGUGGUCUGUCACACUCAACAAGGCUCUGCCACAGGGACCGUCCCCACUUCUGUUUUGUCCUAUUCCGACUACAUCUCCCGUCCAGAGGAGCAAACCAGCAUUCUGCGCUUUGAUAAGGAUGAGACAGAGAAGCACUGCCGUGUGGUGAUCAUUGACGAUUCGCUGUAUGAGGAAGAGGAGAGCUUCAAUAUUACUCUUAGCAUGCCUGUGGGAGGCCGUCUGGGACUGGAAUACCACACCGCACAUAUCCGCAUACUGCCAGACCAGGACGAUGCUCCAGUGUUUUACUUUGCAAAUAAGGAGUACCACGUCGAUGAGAGUGUCGGCCACAUUGAAGUGCGUGUAUGGAGAACAGGGACAGAUCUCUCUAAAACAGCUACAGUCACUGUGAGAUCCCGCAAAACAGCCCCUGUUUCUGCUGAAGUGGGGCUGGACUAUGUUGGAAUCAGCAGAAACUUGGACUUUGCACCAGGCGUGAGCAUGCAGACAGUCCGGGUCACCAUCCUGGACGACCUUGGACAGCCAGUUCUGGAAGGGACAGAGAGAUUUGAGCUUAUCCUCCGGAUGCCCUCCAAUGGAAUUCUGGGAGAGCCAGCAAAAGUCACGAUCUUUAUCAAUGACUCAAUUUCAGACUUGCCAAAGGUGCAGUUUAAACAGGCUGUGGUGACUGCAGAGGAGAGUGAAGGUCACAUUACAGCAAUGGUCCACCGCAGCGGCGACAUUAGACACAAGUCCACUGUACGAUGCUACACACGGCAGGGCUCUGCACAGGUGGUGUCCGACUUUGAUGAGAGACCCAAUACUGAUGCAUCCAUCAUAACUUUCUUGGCUGGUGAGGCUGACAAGCCAUGUGUAUUGAAAAUGGUUGAUGACUCAAUUCAUGAGGAAGAGGAGGAACUCAGGCUGGUUCUGGGCAGUGCGAAGAGUGACUCACUGUAUGAAGCGUCAAUAGGCAAUCAAAACGAAAUGCUCAUUAAGAUCAAAGACAACUCUGACAAGCCCAUCAUCAAGUUUGCUGAGACAAAGUACAGUGUGAGUGAACCAAAAGAGUCAGGACAUAUGAUGCUGGUGAAAAUCCCCAUCCACAGGAAAGGAGACACUUCAAAGGUGUCCGUGGUGCGAGUGCACACCAAGGAUGGCUCUGCUAUAUCUGGAGAAGACUAUCAUCCCAUCUCUCAGGAUGUGGAGUUUAAAGCGGGUGAUGCAGAGCACGUCGUGGAGGUGGAGGUUUUGUUUGAUGGUGUAAGAGAGAUGAGAGAGGCCUUCACUGUUCACUUGAAACCAGAUGAGAACAUGGUUGCUGAAACCCAGAUGACUAAAGCUAUAGUCUAUAUUGAGGAGACCAACAGUAUGGCUGAUGUCACAUUCCCCUCUCUGCCUCAUGUUGUGUCACUGGUACACUAUGAUGAUGUCAGCAAAAUUAAAGAGAAUGCCCAUCCACCUGCAGGAUAUCCCGUUGUCUGUGUCACGGCCUGCAACCCCAAAUAUCCCGACUACGACAAAACAGGCUCCAUCUGCAUUAGCGAACACAUCAACGACACCCUGACUCAUUACCGAUGGCUCAUUAGCGCCCCCAGUGGCCCGGAUGGCGUCACCAGCCCUAUGAAAGAAGCUGACUUUGACACUUUCUUUACCUCCUCCAAGAUGAUCACCCUAGACUCCAUUUAUUUCCAGGCGGGCUCUAGAGUUCAGUGUGUGGCCCGUGCUGUGAAUUCUAACAGGAAUGAGGGGCUGGAGCUGAGCAGCCCUAUUGUGUCUAUUAGCAUAGAAGAAGGGAUGUGCCAGCCACGUAAAUUGGGCACAGUAGGUGCUGAGCCCUUUUCUGCAAAACUACGUUAUACAGGCGCUGAAGACCCUCAAUAUGCCAAUCUCAUCAAGCUUACUGUCACCAUGCCCCACAUAGACGGCAUGCUCCCGGUGGUCUCCACUCGAUCUCUGUCCAAUUUUGAGCUGACCCUAAGCCCCGAUGGCACUCGCGUGGGAAAUCACAGGUGCUCCAAUCUGCUGGACUUUAACGAGGUCUCCACACACCACGGCUUCCUGACCAAGGCCACCCGGCAUAUAGAGAGCGUCGGAGAGUCUCUGCCCUAUCAGUAUAGCAGCGCUCUCAGGGGACCGAGCACGCUACGCUUUUACAGGAACCUGAACUUGGAGGCUUGUCUGUGGGAGUUUGUGAGUUAUUAUGAUAUGACUGAGCUGCUCACAGACUGCGGGGGAACCAUCGGGACAGAUGGGCAGGUGCUGAACCUGGUGCAGUCGUAUGUGACCCUGCGAGUCCCUCUCCACAUCUCAUACGUGUUUCAUUCCCCUGUUGGCGCAGGAGGAUGGCAGCACUUUGACCUGCACUCUGAGCUGAGGCUCACUUUCGUGUAUGACACUGCCAUCUUGUGGCAGGAUGGUGUCGGCAGCCCUGCGCUGACAGAACUGCAAGGUGCCAUGUAUCCAACCAGCAUGAGGAUUAAUGAGCAGGGGAGAAUUGUUGUAAACUUCCGAACAGAAGCUCGCUUCAGGGGCUUGUUUGUGGUGGCACAUCCUGUAAAUCUGAGGUGGUUAAAUACAACAGCAUCCCCUGUGAGGUCCAUGGUGUUAAGUGCAGACCACCCAGGCUUGACCUUUAACCUCUCUCUGAUCAGGACUGAGCCCACUUACAGUCAGCCUGUCCAGCAAUGGAUGUUCAUAUCUGACUUUGCCGUUCGUGAUUAUUCGGGCACAUACACAGUGAAGUUGAUCCCCUGUAUAGCAGCGCUGAAGGUGGAGUACUCUGUACUUCCAGUUUGUAACCCUAGAGAGCCGGUUACCUUUGAUCUUGAUAUCCGCUUUCAGCAGGUGAGCGACCCUGUCGCUGUGGAGUUCAGUCUCAACACACAGAUGUUCCUGUUGUCUAAGAAAGCAUUGUGGCUGUCAGAUGGAUCUAUGGGCUUCAGCCAAGAGAGUGAUGCGGCUUUCUCUCAGGGUGACACAAUCUAUGGACGGGUGAUGGUGGACCCUGUACAGAACUUGGGUGACUCCUUCUACUGUAACAUUGAGAAGGUGCAUCUGUGCACUGGAGCUGAUGGAUAUGUUCCAAAAUACAACCCCACCAAGUUUGAGUUUGGAUGCCUCGCAGACUCUCCUUCCCUCCUCUACCGAUUCAAAAUUAUUGACAAAGCUCAGCCGGAGACUCAGGCCAAGAGUUUUGGAGACGUGGGUUUCAAUGCCCUGCUGGCUGUGGACGACCCCUCUGCCCUCUCUCUGGUGAAACAGCCAGGCUCUGAUGGAUUUAGGCUGGAUUCAACUCCCCUAUUCCAGGUGGCAGCUGGGAGGGAGUGGUAUAUUCACACCAUCUACACAGUACGUUCAAAAGACAACGCCAAACGUGGCAUUGGCAAGCGAAGUGUAAAGUACCACUCAAUAACACCAGGUGAUCUUCAACCAAUGGACGCCAGAGGACGUGCUAAGCGGUCCAACAGAGAAGACCCCAUACUGGCAGAGGAGAUCGGACCGGAUAACAACCGAGGAACAAAUAUCAUGCACAUAGCCCUGGACCGCAGUCGUUGGCGUGCUGCGUCUGGGGAGGAUUUGUUCGCAGACGGACUGUCUCCACGGGAGCUCAGCGGACGAGAUGCAGAAGAGAAUGCGGUAACAGUGGCGGGAGCUCUUGUCGGACUGCUUCUAACUGUCCUUGUUGUUGUAGUGUUGGCACUGGUGGUUCGCUCAAGGCGGAUGCCUGCUAAACAGGCCCCAAGGGUUUUGUCUAGAAUGCAGCCUGUUGUAGUUCGAAGUAGCCUUGAUGUUGGUGACAGUUCGGAGGUUUGAGGAACUAAUGGACUCCUUAAUCAUACGAUGGAUGAAUUCUUUUGUUUUGUUUUCUUUGUUUUAAACAAGUGCCUCUGACAGGUGUGAUCAUAAGAAGAGCUCAUGACAGAGUUCAACACCAGCCCAAAGAAUUCUCCAUUCAGUCCUCAUGCCAUGUUCUACAGAGGUUUUAUUUCAUAGUCAAUAUGCUUAUCAAUCAUGGGCAAAGUGUCUACCUGCAAAUGGAUGAUAAAGAGGGAAUCUAAAGUAUAUGUACUUCCGAAAGGAUACAAGUUAGGCUAAAUUGACUGAAUGUUGAUUACCACAAAAAAAAAAGCACUUACACGAAUUCUUCUGUUAAAAUGCGUAUAUUAUUUAAGCUAUAAAGUUGUUUAAAUCAUCAUUUUUAUGGUUGUUUUAGGGUUUAAGUGUUAACGUCAUUACGUCGCCAUAUCAACAGAGUUACAAAAUUGGCUAUAACUAUCCACAGAAAAGGCUAGGUAGUGAUUUUAUCACUCUAAAAUCAUGUUAAAAUUCAUGUUGUUUAUGUCUUGUGUCUAUACUUUUGAAACAGUGAGUAUUUUACUGUUUUACGUAUUGGCCCCAUUCACUUCCAUUGUAAGUGCCUCAUUGGAACCUAGAUUUUUGCCUUUUUUUUAAAGAAAUUUUUUAAAAGACAAGUCAGAAUUUGGUAGUGGUGUUGGUGGUAAUCAAUAUUAUGCCACAAAUGCCUUCUAUUUAGCUUAAUUUGUAUCGAACCUGGAAUAUUCCUUAAAGGUAUGAACUGAUAAUUACACUGACACUGGUACUGAUAUUGUGUUUCACUUUACAUUCAUACAUUUACUACAGACACAAACUACAGUCAUUCCUAAGUUUACAUUUAAGUCAGAUGUGAUGCCAUCUAUAUUGUUGCCUCUGUUGUGUAUUAAUAUUGAUUUGUUCAUUAGUAUUCUUGAGAGCUGCAUGCAUACUCAAGCAUUAAAUCUUAAAUAUUGCAAUUUUACACUCUGAGAGGAUUCAUUUGAGUGUUAUAAACCAAGGGGAAAACUGUGAUUCAGGAAAUCAUUUAGAUUUCCAAAUUGAUCUGUUUCACUCAUGACCAUUUUUCACUUUUCUCUUAUGCGCUUCAGUACACUAAUCUCUGAAAUUGUUGUAUUAACUGUUACAUUUGUGUUGUCAUUGCCAGACAAUUAUUCAAGUGUUUGUGUAUGCAUCCAAACAAGGAAUUGGUUUAGAAUUUUCUGUCUCAUUUAACAAAUACUGUUAAUAUACUCAUCAUCAGGCUUUUGAUAUUUAAAAAGAAAUGUGCUAUGCAAUGAAAUCUGUGGAUACUUUCCCAUACAGUAUUUGCAGAGGAUUGUGAGGCUGACUAACAGACAUAAGCACGACACUUUGGGCACAAUUAAAUAUUCUUUUCUAUGUGUGAAAUUGUAUUUAUGGUGAUAUGUUGUGCUUUUGUACAUUGUUCACUGCUUAAUAUUUUCAAUGCUAAAUGCAGUUUUUAUGUAAUGGGCCUUGAAGCACAAAAUAAACGAAG